CAUGGUCAGUGCCGACUUCUGCACCGCAGCCGUGCUGAUCUCCACCGGAGCCGUUCUGGGCAGGGUAAACCCCGUCCAGAUGUUGCUGCUGACCCUGCUGGGAGUUGUCCUCUUCACUCUCAAUGAAUAUGUCCUGCUCAGUCUCAUGGGGGUAAGUGACAGCGGGGGCUCCUUGACCAUCCACACCUUCGGUGCUUAUUUUGGCUUGAUAGUUUCCCGGAUCUUGUACCAGCCCCAUAUGGAGAAGAGGAAAGAGCAGCAGGACACAGGGCAUCAGCCAGAUUUCUUUGCUGUGGUUGGAACCAUCUACUUGUGGAUCUUCUGGCCCAGCUUCACCUCGGCCACUACGGUCCGUGACAACGCCGAGCCCUGGGCAGUGCUCAACACCUACUUCUCGCUGGCAGCAAGCACCCUGGCCACCUUUGUCCUCUGGCCCAUCCUCCACGAGGAGGGCACACUGCGGGUGGUUCAGAUCCAGGAUGCCACCUUGGCUGGUGCGGUCAUUAUGGGUAUGGCUGGGGAGAUGCUGGUCACCCCC